UGGUCCGAUUGGUCCCGUGGCAAGACGACAUCGUGAAAGAAUCCAAGGAUAUACAGCUUCUCACAGUCCUGGAAAGCAAGCAAACAGGGCGUGUGCGCGGAACAAGGAAAGGAGGACCAACAUGGCUGGCGGCAAGAACGACAAUGACAACUCGUCCUCAGGGUCGAGUGCCGUUGACGACAACAACGACGACAACAAAAGGAACAACACAGCUGCUGCACAGCGACUAGCUCAAGUUUCGCGACACAUUGGUGGACCAUCACCCAAGGAAGAUGUCGAAACAGCGCCAAUGCCACUGAGAGGAAGCAAGAGAAGAACCCGCCAGAGAGCCAAAGAUGACCCGGCCCAGCUACCAGCCGACCACUCCGACAUCCUCGGGCAGCUCGACACGCUGCGCAGGAUGGCCGCUACGCCGGACCCGUCGCACCGAGGGUACGCGCGCCAGAAGCAGUCUGGCAAGCUGUGGGUGCGGGAGAGGGUCGACCAGCUGCUCGACCCGGGCAGCUUCGUCGAGGUGGGCAGUGUGAGCGGCGAGGUCGAGUGGGAGCAGACAGGGCCCACGUCGGAGCGGCCAGUCAAGUUCACGCCGUCGAACAAUGUUCAAGGCUUUGGCAAGCUCAAUGGCCGCAAGAUGCUCUUCACGGCCGACGACUUCUCCUUGCGUGCUGGACACGCAGAUGGCGCCCUGGCAGCAAAGACUGUCUACAUCGAAAAGCUCGCCCUGUCCCUCCAGCUCCCCAUCAUCAAACUAGUCGACGGCUCCUCGGGCGGCGGCUCCGUGACCACGAUCCGGUCUUCAGGAUGGUCGUACGUCCCGCCGAUGGACUCGUUCGGCCACGUGGUGAAGCAGCUCAACGCGGGAAUCCCUAACCUCGGCGCCGUCCUGGGUCCCGCGGUCGGCCUGGGCGCCGCGCGCGUGGUGGCAUGCCACUUCUCCGUCAUGGCCGCGGACGUCGGCUCCAUGUUCAACGCGGGGCCAAAGGUGGUCGCGGGCGCCACGUUUGAGGAGGGCCUGACGCCGCGGGACCUGGGCGGGCCGGCCAUGCACACCACCAACGGCAGCAUCGACAACCUCGCCGCCAACGAGGCAGAGUGCUUCCAGCAGAUCCGCACCGUGCUGGGCUACCUGCCCAACUCGGGCACCCAGAUGCCGCCCGUCCUCGGCCCUCAUCCUCCUCCCCAUCACCACACGUCCGAGGAGGCGCCCAUUGACCCGAUCGACAGACUGUGCCCCGAGCUGCGCUCCAUCAUCCCGCGCAAGCGCUCGCGGAUGUACGACGCGCGCCGGAUCAUCACGACCGUCGUCGACAAGGGCUCCUGGUUCGAGAUCGGGGCUCUCUGGGGCACCACCGCGAUCGUCGGGCUCGCCCGGCUGGGCGGGAAGCCCGUGGGCAUCGUCUCGCUCGACUGCGAGGUCAACGCGGGGGCCCUGGACGCCGCAGGCUCGCGCAAGAUCAACCGGCACCUGCGCUUCCUCGACAUCUUCAACCUCCCCGCGGUCCAGUUCGCCGACGUGCCGGGCUACGCGGUCGGCACGGCCGCCGAGCGUGCCGCCACCAUGCGCCACGGCGUCGACCUCGCCGCGAUGUACUACACCACCACCAUCCCCAUCUUCUCCGUCAUCGUGCGCAGGGUGUACGGCGUCGCGGGCGGGAUCAUGGUCGACUCGCGCGACCCGCAUGCCCGCGUAGCCUGGCCCAGCGGCGAAUGGGGCAGCCUGCCACUCGAUGGGGGCAUCGAGGUUGGCCACGCGCACGAGCUGAGGGAGAUUGCGCGGACCGAGGGCGAGGAGGCCCGGAGGCAGAGGUACGCGCAGCUCGAGGACGAGUAUCGGCGGCUGCAGAACCCCGUGCGCACGGCGAACCAGUUCGGCAUCGAGGAGGUCAUAGAUCCCGCCGUCACGCGCAGGGUGCUCGCAGAGUGGGUGGCACACAUGUACGAGGUCAUCCUGCCACAGAGGGUGCAGCAGAGGAUCGCAGGAGUACUGAGGCCGCAGUUUGUUUGA